UCUUGGGACUGUUUCCCUGCCACUCAAUCACAAUAGACACUAAUUCUUUGCGUUCAGUGCUUGUGGGUAUCCUCAAAACACUCACCUCUCUUCUUUCAUCAACCAUUAAUUAUAAUUUUGUCAUCUAGUUAUCCCUUAUUAAUCUCUUGUUUUUUUAUUUCCUUUAUUUCUCUUUAUUCAAUGUUCAAAAUUUCAUUUUUUUUUUGUUUCCUGUGUUUGCUUGCAUGUACAUUACUAUAGUUCUUGUUUUUCCUCUGAACUUAAGUCCUAUUUGAUGUUCAAAAACUGAUUAUGCCCACUUGAUGCUUGCUGAAAUGCCCCAAAGAGUUGUCCUUUGUGUUUGAUGUUCAAAAAAAAAAAAAAAAAUUUUAAAGUUAUUUAAUAAUGUUGAAGAUUGGAUGCAGUUCUUCUUCUUACAAGUUUUCUAAUAUCAAAUAUGUAGUGCUUCUUGUCAUCGGUGUUCCGGCAUUGAUCUUCAGUCUAUAUCUUCAUGGCCAAAAGAUAUCUUACUUUCUCCGGCCACUGUGGCAAUCCCCUCCAAAGGCAUUCAAUGAUAUACCUCACUAUUACCAUGAGAAUGUUUCAAUGAAGGAACUCUGCCAGCUUCAUGGAUGGACAGCUCGCGAUACGCCCCGCCGUGUUUUCGAUGCGGUGCUCUUCAGCAAUGAGAUUGACAUUCUUGCUAUUCGGUGGAAUGAGCUUUACCCAUAUGUAUCAGAAUUUAUCAUUCUCGAAUCCAAUUCGACAUUCACCGGUGUCAAGAAGCCUCUUUUCUUCGCGGAGAAUCGGCAUUUGUUCAAGUCAUUUGAUUCUAAACUCACUUAUGGCACAGUAGGUGGAAGGUUUGUGAGGGGCGAGAACCCUUUCGUCGAGGAAGCAUAUCAGAGGAUAGCACUGGACCAGCUCAUCAGGAUUGCCGGCAUUCGUGAUGAUGAUUUGCUGAUAAUGUCCGAUGUUGAUGAGAUUCCGAGUGGCCACACGAUCAACCUGCUUAGAUGGUGUGAUGAUAUUCCUGAGAUACUUCACCUGAGGCUCCGAAACUAUCUUUAUUCAUUCGAGUUCUUUAUUGACAACAACAGUUGGAGAGCCUCAGUUCAUCGGUAUCGGCCUGGUAAGACACGAUACGGACAUUUUCGUCGUACUGAUAGCAUAUUGUCGGACUCUGGUUGGCACUGCAGCUUUUGUUUCCGCUACAUUCCCGACUUCAUUUUUAAGAUGAAGGCAUACAGUCAUGUUGAUCGUGUUCGGUUCAAUUACUUCUUGAAUCCGUCGAGAAUUCAGGAUGUGAUUUGUCGAGGAAAAGACUUGUUUGAUAUGCUUCCAGAGGAGUACACUUUCAGGGAUUUAAUUGGGAAGAUGGGGCCGAUACCGCACUCGUAUUCUGCAGUCAAUCUUCCCAAGUAUUUAAUCCAGAAUGCCGAUAAAUAUCGGUUUCUACUGCCUGGUAAUUGCAAACGAGAAAAUGCAUAUAGCUAUCAAAGUAGUUGAUGAAGAUUUCUUACCAUAGAUUAUAUGAUUUACUGAAUAUCUGUUUUGAGCUAGAGAAUUCUUUAUUUAGAUAUAAAAAUAAAAUAAAAUUGUUUAUCAUAUAACCCGCCUUUUUUUAAGACAUUAUAGGCUGGUAAAAAUUCAUUGUCUUUGAUGUAAUAUUGUUAGCUUUCUAUUUGAGAAGUUGAUGCCUUUUUGUUUGUGGUGAACUUAAGAUUAUCAUUUGGGUUUGUAAAUAUCUUAUUUUGAUGUAAAAUGUGAAUUAGUGAGAGUUUAGAAGAAUAAUCAAAGAGAAGAUUGAAUGUUCAUGAUUUCAUUUGUUAGCCAUAUUAAUUGUGGUGAUAUUUUCUU